GGAAUAAUUACUGCAGAUAAAAGCGUAGACCCUUUUAUUAGUACUAUAUAUAAAAUGCUAAUUAUAGUUAGUAGGAUACUAAUCCUAACGCAUUUUUGGGUGGUGCGAAAGUUGAAAAAAGCAAUCCUACUUAGUAUUUUUUACUGCACUAUAUAUUAUAUUAGGUCCCUUAAUAGGCAGAAAGAAGUUUUGUUUAUAGGGUGUGAUUUAGCUCUAAUAGCUAAUUUAAUUGCAAUUAACGAGGAAGGAAAAGAGUAG